AUGGAAAAUGUGUGUAAGGAAAAGGGGAAAGAAGAGUUGUUGACCAUAGACAUUAUACUUACCAAAUACAAGCAGUAUGUAAAUGGAGCAAUAAGAAAUGAGGAACUGAGGAGGUACAUAGAACGGUUUAUGUUCCAGUACAAUUGUCUGGAUGAAUGUGAAAAGAAAUUAAUGGAAGUCAUAAAAAGAUGUGAAAAUUUUGAAUGUAAAAAAUUUCAAGCUCAGUAUCUGUUCAUAACAAAUAUACUAAAGGAAAUAUGUCACAUGGAAUUGAUCCCAAUAAUAUACAACGAAAUAUUAGAAGAGAGGAAAGCCAAAAGUGAAGCUUCCUACCUUAGUAGGGAUUACUACAUAGAGGCAGAGAAUCAGAAAGAUGCAGAGGAGAAUUUCAAAGCCAUCUGUGAAAGGGUUUAUAAAAAGUACAUCCUUGUGUUUAUUAAGCAGUUGUAUUACUCAUCCAAUUUACCAUCACAUUUGUUAAACAACCUAACAAGUGCACUGUCCUGUAUGUGCAUAUUAAUAUCCAAGUAUGAUACAUUUAGAGAUCCCAAUGAGAAAUUUUCAGAGCUUAUAUAUAGAAUAUUUUGGAAUUAUUUUUCCCAAAGUUUUCAUUUUCAACAUGAAAAUUAUAUUUCCCUGGAGGAAAAUGAUGAUGAUAAUGAAGACGGGUAUGAUACGUCAUCUUCCUACUACAGUGAAUUGCUAAAUGAGGACACCUGCUUCCCCUACAAUAACGUCCAUAAUAUUUGUAGCGACAGGAGGAGAAAGAAUUCAACGAAUGAGUUAGGGUCUGCGACUGCUCCUGUGACUGUGUCCCUUGCAGCUGAAAGGGAGACCAGCAAUGUGCAGAGAAGGAAAAAAAGGAGGGCAAGGAAAAAUAUUGAAAAGUCGAAAGAUGCAAAAAGGGAAAGUUGCGCGAAUGAACAAGUUGGAGAACAUUUGAAGAAAGAGGAAGAUCCCUUUUUUGCAGGCCACCUUCCCCCAGCAGCUGAUACAGCUUGUGGGAUACAGCGGCAGGGUGAUAUGCAGCAUGGAGGUCAUGACACCGUUCGGGGUGUGAACUCCGCUGAGGGAUGCCGUCCCGUCGAAAGUUGUGCCCAUGGCGAAAUUGAAAACGGACGUAACGACCAAGCGAGUGCAAUGGAGAUGAGCGAAACAUACGCCAAAGUUAAUAAGCGACUGCAUGCGCAUAGUGGUCACAAAGAGAAGAAAAACAUAAAAAGGGAUAGUGAGGGGAUGGAAUUAGGUAACUCCUCCACCUUGCUGAAUGCAAAAUGUACACGAAGUAGAGAGCACAGUGUUGUCCAUAGCAGAGAUAACGACAACAUAAGCAGUAACAAUACUCAGGAAUUCCAUACAGGGCAGGAUGUAGAUGAACUGAUAGGAGGCGAGAGGAAGGACGCCGAUGGUGCGCCGUCUAUUUGUCCGCCUGUCCAUUGGGGUCAUGAGGGGGUGGAGAAGUUGGCAAAGGUAUAUGACGACAAAGGGGGGAUCGCCAGGAGAGGCCUCGCAAGGGGGAAUACAGUUAGACAUCGAGGUGGGUACACAGGAGGAUAUGCAAACGGGAACGUACGAGGCUACACAAGCGAGUACCCAAAUGAUCAGCCCGCAGGGAUUCACUCCGAACGUCUCACCGAAGCGACAACCCAGCGGAGAGACUCCUGCCUCAGCGAACAGGACCUGAACCACGAAAAUAUCAUGUUCGUGAAUGUCCUUCUAAAUGUGUACGUAAAUUUAUUUAACACCAGAAGUAAGAAGAACCUCUUGUUCUAUCAUGACAAUCAAGUGGCUUACAAUGAGUUCCUACUCGACAAUGUUGAAAUUGUGAUUGACCAAAUGAAGAACAUGCUGAACAAGAUCAGAAACAACUUGAAUGAAUCCAUAAUUUAUUUUUUGAAAUUGAAGUUUUUAAUUCUUCUCUUUUUGAUUAAGAUUGCGAAGAGAAACUCCAAAGGUGGGAACGCGGGGAAGUCCACGGAAAAAUUGAAGAAGCAGAUCGAAACGGUUCUCGGUGGCGACAACCAGCAGGUCAUUGGAAGAGGUGCAUACAUGAAUAUGAAUAGCGAUAGCUAUGCUAUUGGUCACAACUACGCGAAUGGCCAUGGGUAUGAUAACACCUGUGGAAGUUACUACGGUGGUAGCGGGUCCCAGAACUACCACGGCAACCUGAACGACUUCCAAAACGGUUACCCGAAUACCCAAGAGUCUGAUUUCUUUUCCAUGUGGAAACGGAACGAAUUCGCGGAGGGCAGUAAAAUUUUUGUGGACCCCCUAAGUAACAGCAGCGUCAUUAAUAGUGUGCACACGGCGUCUGCUCGGAGCAGCAUCUGUGGAGUUCGCAGUACAUGCGGCUACAUGGCAGGAUACGACCGUGGCAUUAAUAACGCUCUGCAGGAAAGUGUAAUGAGUGGUAGCCUCUACACGAAUGGCCACAGUGCCACUUACGCAGAUGGUAGUAAUAGCACCCCCACUAUUGAUAAUAACAUAAACGACAACAGCAUCGACCUGAGUAAUUUUGGUGAAAAUUUGAGUGGAGAUUACAAUUGUAGUAUGAUGAGUAGGAAGCCAGAGAGUGACUACAUGGGGGGCAGGAAUGAGUACAGUGGUGCGUUUAAAGCAAUUACGGGUGGAAGUCAAGAUGACGUAAUAAGUCCACGUAGGUAUGCAACUUCAUGUGGAAGCCAAUAUGGUGUGCUAAAUGUUACUAAAGAUGGUUCUGCACGUGGCGCUAUCCAUUUGAGUAAAGAUUCUCGUAGAAGUAGCAGUAAAGAUGGGCUCAUAAAGGAUAAGAUAUACAAUAACGUAAAUACUAACAAUUGCAAUGGGAGCAGUGAUGGGGCGUACAGCAUCCCCAACUACAAUAGGUAUGGUGCGUAUCACGUGCAGAACAAGGAGCAGAUUGUUUCACCGGGGAAGGCCAAAAAGAGCGAGCAUAACAUGGAGAACGACCCGGUCAGCAACCACUAUUCGCCUGGUAUCUUUAGCAAUAAUGAUUCUGCUACAGGGAUGAAUGACAUCUUUUUGAGCAACAUGAAGAACAACCUGUUUUCGAACAUGGUUGUAGGUAAUCAAGAGGUGGAUGGCGUUGCACCCCCAGGUCAAAGCUAUCCUUACCAUGGCAACAGCUUCCCGUUUUCGAGCAAAAAUAAGGCGGAAAUGGGGGUCAUGUGGAAUUGCCACGGGGACGUGAUAGACGGAGAGGAAGGAGCACAAGUUGUAGAUGUGGUAGAGGAAGAAGAAGAGGAAGAAAGAAGGAAGAGGAAAAGAGAAAUUGAGACAGAAUGGGAAGAAGAAUUGAAUGCAGGAAACGAAUAUCAGAUGGAUUACAUAAUUUUAAAUCGUGAUUUUUUAAGGAACAGUGUAAAAAAGAGUACAUACGAAAUUGUAAGGGAUAUGAUAAAUAACUUAUAUAGCAAUAGCUUGUUAGAGAUGAUGGACAUCCUGGUGAAGUGUGUAGAAAUGAAUUUCAAAGAUGAGAAUCUUACAUUAAUUAAUCGAAUUUUUUCGUGUAUGUUAAAGGGUAUAAAAUAUUGCAGUGCAUUGAACAAGUACAAAAUUUAUGUGUUUAUUUUGAGCAAAAUCGACAAGCUUAUUAAGAGUAAAAGGUAUGAAGAGAAUAACUCUACAUUGAACAAUUACAGCUGCUAUUUUUUGCUGAAUUUGAUUUUUAAUUUGUUUAAGAGGGACAACAAUAGGAAAAGAAGAAACAUAUGGUACUUGCUGUUCGAGGUCCAUGUAAAUAAAAUGAAAAGGAAGAAGAUUAAUAUGAAGAUGAACAUGGUCAAGGGGGAUGAGCCACAGGGUGGCAUGUACCCUCCCCAUAUGCAUGACGUAAAUGAUUACAUAAAAAAGAAUAAAAGUAAGAAUGGCGAAGUGGUAACAAAAAUGCUGAUAUCGUCCCUGAUAAAAAGCAAUGAAAUGAAUAAGCAUCUCAAAAUGGAACCAAAGAAAAGCAACAGCAUAAGCGCGUCGGAAAACGAAAACGAUUUGAUGUCCUUAUGUGAUGGGAAGAAUUUUCUAAUAAAUAAUAUAAUAAAUUUUUUGCUGGAAUGUUGUAUUAGCAAAGGGUGCAUUGUGAGAUUCAUGAGCCUCAGAAUCUUCUACAUGAUGACCAUCCUGUUUAUCGAAUUUAUCAAAAAUAGGUCUUUAAGUUAUGAAGAGAAGCUGCUUAAAAAUUAUAUCUUGAAAUCGAUUUAUCAGAAUUUCUUCCUUUGUAUAUUUAACAUUUUAAAAGAACCAGAGACGAACAUUUUUAUUUAUAUGAAGUUUCGGAAUUUGUGUGUGAGCUUGUUAUUUAUUUGCUCCAAAAUUUUGUCGUCCACUUUUCUGAAUGAGUUUUACGAUAAAGUUAUUUCGUACAAUCUCUUCUUCGUUGAUUAUUUUUACAAAUACAAGGAGGUUGUUUGCCUGGCAAAUAAAAAGGGCGACCACUAUGACGACAGCACCUUGAGGAGCAUCUACUCCAUGUUCCUAAGCAACGCGAAGGACCUCUACCUGUUCGCCUACUUGAUGCUUUUCAGAAAUUGCAGAAAUGUUAUGAAUUUAAAAAUUUUGAAGGGCAUUUUGAAGGUGUCGUCGGAGGAGGUUCAGGUGAUACUGCAGAACUUGAUUUCGCAGAGAGAGGGGGAUGGUGGCGGUAGGCAAGACAAGAAGGACAGGCGGGAGAGGAAAGACAGGGGAGGCGCGUCUAGCGGCGCUGUUAGCAGUGCUGUUAGCGAUGAUGUGAUCAUGUUGUCCGUAGAUGCGACCACGGAUUUGACGGUCGAUCCGGAAGUGGAAGUACAAAACGGGAUGCCCAGCGAGGCGCAGAACGGCAAUGGCAACCCAGUAGACGCGAAGGAACCUGGUAGUCUAAGGAGAAGAAAAGAAAGCAGCAAAGUAGAAUUGUUUCGAGUAAAAAACCUAAGCAUGAACGAUUUUCUCACCAAAGAGAUGCACAUAAAACUGAAAAUAAAAGAGCAAAAUGAUGAAGAAAAGAAAAAAACAGCGUACAAAAAUUUGUAUUUUAUUAACAUAUUCUACAUUGCAGAAUUAAAGAAACUUAGCACAUAUGACAAUAAUUUUAUAUACUAUAUGUUCAAUUGCAUUUUUUGUUUUCUGAACAUAUACAUAAAUCGGUUCACUUUUUUUUUUUACUUUAUUAAAAACGAGGGCUACCAUCACAACAGCUACGUUUACUCUGAUAAUUCCUUCAACAAUAAUAGCAGCAGUAAUGGAAAAGGGAACAAAGACGUUGAACAAUUAGUACUCGAUAUGAAUGAGCAAAAGCAUGUUCUGGAGUUUAUCCUGGACAUGCUGACGCUGUUAAGAAAUUUUUUACACAUUGUUAACUUGAUGGAGGAGAAUUUAAUCAAUGUAAAUAUCGAGUCCUUGGUGAAGAAGAAAACGAGAGGAAGCGAAUUGACAAAUAUAAGAAGACUUAAAAGAUUGGUCAUCCUGGAGUUACAGAAGUUUUAUUUUAUUUUUGUGAAGCUUUUAAAGGUCCUUUUCUUACUCAACAGAAUAAAUGGUUACUGCAUAACCCCCUUUGAGUUUUUCUUUUUUAAACUGAUCCAGUCGCUAGACAAUGAACUUAUAGGGGUUCACACCAAAAGACAAAUUUUAAAAUUUUUAAAAUAUUUCUCCUACAAGAAAAAGUUCAAGGAUACCAUCAUUAGUAGAAUUAACCAUUUCCAUUCCAAGUUGAGAAGCAAGAGGAAGAAAAUCUCGGACAUUUUUUCGAAAAAGGAAUGUAAAAGGCAAGAAUUGUACUUAUCUUCCAUUAGAAGGCAUGACGAUUUUGCUUCUAACCCCCCAUACGUUGAUGAUCGCAAAGGAGAUGUAAACGGCGUUUCGUAUGGUUACGACAAUUCUUUCAAAGCGCAGGGGGAAAAGGACGCAGAGGUAGAGGAGCCCUACGGGGAUGCACUCCACCGAGUGAAGGAACCAACCGGGUUUCCCCCCAUGAUCAAGGGCGAACCAACACCAAAAGCACAGCAACUACAAGAGGAGCAAUGGAAGCAGACGCAACAAUCGCAGAAUCCACUGCUGCUACCCGAAACGGCUAACCAAAACGAGAAAAGGAAAUCGACUAGGAAGAGGUCUGGCAACAACGGCCGAAGGGGCAAGAGCAACACGAACCAGGGGCAAUCUGGGACGUACAAUUCGGAGGAGGGCAUAGCGGCUGUCAUAGAAGCAAUGCCUAUAGAGAAAGACCCGUGUGCCAAAAAUAACGGUAUACGUGAAGACGGAAAAACGGGAAACCAAGGCGGUAACACAACUGGCGAUAACGUGACUACAGCGGAAGUGGACAGAGCGCUACCGAACACAUGUGCCAGCGAGGCAAACGCGAAGACAACUGCGAGUAGAAGCAAGAGGAGGAAAUGCAGUAACAUGAAGAAACACGGAGAGAAGAUUGAUAUUGACCCAAGCGUCGUGAUCGUCCCAGAGCAGCUGAAGGAGGAGGAGGAUAAGAAGAAAUUGGAUCCUACGAAGUAUUGCAAAACAGAAUGUGAAGUAAAAGUAGAGCAGGAAGAAGAGGUGAUAAAUCCACAGAGUAACACGCCUGAGCAGGAAACUAGGAGAAGCCGAUAUGGUAGAAAAAGUGGCGUUAACACAAAAGAGAGAAAUUUUAGUCUGCUGAUUGAAGAGGAACAUGAGCAGAACAGGAAACAAAGGCGAAUGAGCAGGAGUAAGGCUUCAAGUGCGGGGGGUAGGAAAGGGAGAAAUGUAGUCAAGAAGGAGGCAGAAGUGAAGGUGGUAGGAAGUAUAGAAGCUGCAGGAGGAGUAGCGGUAGAGGGGACGGCACCCGCAAGUGAGUUUGUAGGCGCUAUUGCUGGGGAUCCUGCGAAGAUAGCGACAGAUGGCUUCUACCCCGAAGAGGCCGCGGCACAGAGAAGAGACGCAUGCGACAUUUUGGUACAUGGGAAAAUAGACACAACCAUGAGCAAAGCGGAAGGAGGAGAACAAAUGUUGGAAUAUACAAAUGAGAAAAACAUGGGCUUAAAAAUUGUCCUAAACUGUAAUAGCAACAUGAUAGCAGAGAUGGAUAGGUUAAAUUACUUUAGGAAGUACAGCGCUCUGAACAGCUACAAAGAUUACAAGGUUGAAAAAUUUUUCUACGACAACUUGGAGUUGUUCCUUAUAAGCAUGUUCAUAUUUGAAAAGAGUACCAAAUUGAACAGCACGGAUUUGUUUUUGGAAAAUUUUGAAAAAAUAAAUGAAGUAAUUGAGUUUUGCAAGAGGCAUCAUAUCGAUAGAGGGAUAGAAAAAAUUGUGAAGCAUUUAUUUUCUUAUUUGUGUGAAAUAAAAAGCAACAAAAGGUAUAUUCAGGGAAUGAUCAAAUUAAUUACCAACACGUUUUCGUACAUUCCAGGGUACAAAAUUUCUGACUCCCCCUUUUUUUUUAUUUCCUUUUGUUGUCUCUUUAAACAUUCCAAGAAGAAACAUGUGAACAAAAUAAUUAUCCAAAAUUUUAUUAUCAUUUGCUUGAAUUAUAUUGACACUUUAAAGAAGCGAACAUACAACAGAAGGAGAUAUCGCAUGUGGUUUAAGACACUCCAUAAUAGGAGAGGUGAAUAUGCAGAGCAGAGAAUGACGGAGGUUGGACAGAAUUAUAACAAGUUUAGCGCAUCUCCUGUGGGAGGUGUUGGUCAAAAUGUUGUCACUGGAGUUGAGGGUACUGUUGAUCAGGGUGUAGCAGAAUCGGUGGAAUUGCCGGGGCUAGCGGCCACGUCGACCAUUGCGCCCACAGCGGUAGCUGCUGGCGUAGUAGACGUAAGGGGCUUAAAUGAUAUGAUGCCCGUGGAGGGUGUUGUGGUGAAGGAGCAGUCGUGUGAAAGCUUGAGGAGCAAAAAGGCGAACAACAAAAGAGGGACAAGUAGAAACUCGAGGUCGAGAAGGAACACCAAGAAGGGCGAGGAAACGGCUGCCAAGGCGUUAACGUUAGACGAGGGAACUGCAGAUGAGGCCCUCCCUCAGGAGGGGGGAGACACCAACCAAGUGGCUACUGCUACGGCGGAAAUUGUUCCAACUAUGGAUGCACAAGCGAUGGUCAAUGAAGGGGUAGUCACUGAAGGGGCGAGCGCCAAACCCACAAGUGUCUACUACGAGAACAACUGUAAAGGUUCCCGCAGGAACAGCGGAAAUCACAGGCUAUCCAACGCGAUGAGCGGUGUGGUACCGAGUGACUAUAUCUACCCCCGAGAGGCGCUCAUGUUCCAGCGAAACAAGCGAGAAGAGAAAGAAAUAACAGACAAGCUGUUCCUGAACCUGAUUAACAUGUACAUAAAUUUCAUGUGCUCCUUUUAUUUCUACUACUUAACUUUUUACGAAGACAAUUACAACAUUUUGAAGAAUAUGUUAUUUUUAGGCAUAGAUAAAGUACUACAGAAAAAGGCGAAUAAAAAGUUGACUAGCUUUUUUUUGUCAUUUAUAUAUAUUUUAAUGUGCCUUUUGUUAAAAGUGAAGAUGAAGGAGGAGUUCAUAUUAACGUUGAGUAAGGACAAAACGAAGGGGCAAAAGAAAAUGAGAAGAAGCGCAUCCAGGAGAAGCGAAAAAAGAGAAUGUCGAAAAAAAGUGGAACACAUUAGUGGAAGGAGUAGAAAUAAUGAAAGCAAAAUAAGCGAUUUGCGCGGAACGGGAGCGGCAGCAAAUAAUCAGCGAGAAAAGGAGGAAGACAAAAAGUUUGUAGUGAACUAUUUAAUUAAUCUUAUAGACGAGAGCAAACAAGGGAAUGUAAACCAAAAUGGAAAGAAAAAAUUCAGGAAAAAUAUACAGCAAGUUUUAUGUAAAAAAAAUGAGGAACAUAUGGAGAAUUACAGUUUUUUUCCAAAAAGGUGUUUCUACAAAAAUAAAAUGGACAAACAUAUAGAAAAGGUGUUCCAUGUAAAGAAGAAGAAAAAAUUAGUCAUUACAAGUUCGUUACAUUUGAAGGAAAACUUAAAAAAGUUAAACAACAUAUCUGUUAACUUUUCUUAUAAAUUUAUUUUUACCCUUUUAUCCGAGUCGCUAACAUUUGAGAAGAGCAACGAAUGGCUGAUCAGUCGCGUUUUUAAGAAUGAUAUGAAGAAAGACACCAACUAUGCCAAAUAUAACUUUUUGGAUUAUAUUAUAUAUGCAUGUUUUUACACCAUUUUUUGCAAAACACAAUUAAUUAAAAUGGUGAAGACAAAUUAUCAGAGGGUUUCACCUAAUACACAAAAUAAAAAAAAAAAUUUGGGAAAUAUAAAAAUGAAGUCGUACAUAUAUAAUCAGAAAAAAUACUCUACUUUGCAAUUUUAUUUGGCUGUUGAAAUUCUCAAUUUAAUUUUUAACAAUUUAAAAUAUCUUCCAUUUAGUUCGAUAAAGUUAAUUAUUGACAUAUUUUUGAACAAAUCAUUUUUAACCGUAUGGAUAGAUGGGAAAAAGGAAGAUACAGUAAAUAAAUUUCAGAGAUUAUUUCACAAUUUUUUUAGUGAUAUUUUUUAUCUGCAAUCUGAAAAACUUACGCAGUUGCCUUAUUUUAUGUAUCAAUAUCAGAAAAGUAUCUUUCUUGUAAAUUUGGUCAUAAAUUCUGUUGUAUGCACGAAGAAGAAACCUGUGGACAAUUUCCUCCUUCUGGACAUUUUGAAGCACUGCUUUCCGAGGGCUGAUUUUGACAACUAUAAUAAUUCGUCCGAUAAGAAGAACGAAGACAAGCGUGCGGUGGAGCGGUCGCAGCGCAUGUUGCGGAGCAAGAAGGUGAACCUGCCCAGUUGA